ACGAGAAGCGAUAUAUUUAGAUUGAUUUUUCAUCUUCCUGCGAGUUCCCCUUUCUCAAGUCUAUCAAUGGGAAAUUGGAAUCGGAGAUAUAUGCCCAGAAGGAAGCCCAGGCACUACGACUACGAAGAUCCGCCUCCAACUUCCCCAAUAUCAUAUUCUUCUGGACUUGCUCACAAUAGGGUGCCAUCAUGGGAAAUUGACUAUUGUCAUUCUUGUAAAGUUCCUUGGAAUAAGGUGUUGGCAUCCAAAAAGUACAUAUACAGUUAUCCAAGUGUGCUGAAUUGGGAUGGUUCUGCUGGUAAAGAAGCAUUGGAGAAUGCAAAACAGCGAUUUUGGGCCAAGAUCAAUGGUCUUCUAUGCGAUAAGCCUUUGCCAGACCCAGACAUGUACAUCAGUGAGAUUGAGUGGAACCCUCAAAUAGAUCGUGAGUUGAUGGAAGAUCUGGAUCAUCAAGUUUUUAAUCCAGAUGAAGCAGAGAAGAUAGAGCAGCUGGAUACUAUUAAUGAAGAAGUUGAGUGCACUCAAACACAGCAUGAUAAAAACCAAUACGCUAGUGAUAACCAAUGGGAAACAGAUCAGGUGAUAGGUACUGGAAAUGUAAAAGAAGAGAAUGGUUGGGGUAGGUGGGACGAUUCAUUAAAUCUGACAAAUGACGAUCCAUGGGAGCAAAGUUGCCGAAAACUUGUUGGUUCUUCAAAUGAUAAUGCUUGGGGGAGUAGAAAUGAGUCUUGGAAUUGGCCCCAGGGGCUUGACAGUACAAGGUCAUCUUCCUUUGCUGAUCAUGGAUGCGGCAAGCUUUGGAAUUGUAAUGAGAAAACUGUGGAUGUAAGAGAAGACGGAUGGGGACAAGGACAAGGACAAAGAGAGAUAAAUUCUUGGAGUCGGGGUCCAGCAAAUAACAAUUCUACAGGAGUGACAUCAUUUGAAAAUAACAAUUCUAUAGGCUCAAAAGAGAUAGGAUGGAGGGGCAACAGGAAUGUGUCUUGGGGUGUGCGCGAUUCUGAAUAUCAUGAUAAUGAGACUAAGCAUUGGGAUCCAAAUUUCAGGCGGGGUGGAUGGUCCUCUAGGGGUGGUGGCCGAAAGAGAGAGAGUUCUGUACAACACGUCAACAUAUAAGAGUUCCAGAUAUCUUGGCGACUCCUAUGGAUAUGGUCAUCAGAUGUGAAGAUUUUCAGGAACUUGGUUAAUAUUAUGUUGUAAAGUUCUUAGAAAGUGUAAUUGCUUUGGGGAAUUUACAUUUUCAGCACUACUUUUUGCCAAUAGUGCAGAUCACCAAAUAUUUUACCAGGAAAAUGCUUAUAGCUAUUUUACUGAGGAAACGUUGGUUGUUUUUUUUUUUGAGGUUUUGGAGAAUGCAAACGUUUCUUAAGGAUUCACAGAUUCUAUGUAAACUUGUCGAAGGAUGUAGCUUGUGUUAAUAGCCAAUCCCACUGAGAAGGGAAUUAGCUGGUGAAUCAACAGCCUGCGGCAGUGAUAUCUUUAGAUGCAUGCUGAUCAUUUUGAGGUCCGUAAAUAUGGACUUCCUAAGAUUUUGAUGCUUAUGGUAGGGUGGCAUAUGAUUUGUGAUUCGGUGAUUUGGUUGAGGAUGAAGAUGUUAAACGCCCUCUAGGGUCCUUAAGAAACAAAUGCUAGUUUGCAUAAUGGGAAGAAUUGUAAGAAUCAUCUUAUAGAAGAGAGAAAAAAGAAACACAGUUUUUUGUUGAUUUAAGUUUGUUGGAGUGAUUUGAAAUUCAAAUCAGUUAAGAGUGACUUGCUGUCUGGCUUAGUUGUACUUUUGUAUCAGUGUUGUUAUUUUGGUUUUAUUAGAUUGUCCUAAUUUUAUA